AUGGGUAUUUGCCUUAGCAACCAAAUCAAGGCCGAGAGCCCAUUUCAUACUGGUACAGGUGUCAAUUCUUCUAGAAAUGUCAGUGGAGGUGGGAUAGAGUUAAGUAACUCAAGCAGCGUGGGUUCAUCUGCUUCAAUAUCCCAGACUCCUCGGACUGAGGGUGAGAUCUUGCAGUCCUCCAACUUGAAAAGCUUCUCAUUCAAUGAUCUGAAGGCAGCCACAAGAAACUUCCGUCCCGACAGCAUCUUAGGGGAAGGGGGUUUCGGUUCUGUUUUCAAAGGAUGGGUUGACAAGCCUUCACUUGCAGCAUCAAAGCCAGGCGUUGGGAUGAUGAUCGCUGUUAAGAGGCUGAGACAAGAUGGGGGGCAGGGUCACAAGGAAUGGCUGGCUGAAAUCAAUUAUCUUGGUCAGUUGCGUCAUACUAAUCUUGUAAAAUUGAUUGGUUACUGCUUAGAGGAUGACCACAGACUUUUGGUCUAUGAGUUCAUGUCCAAGGGUAGCAUGGAGAAUCAUCUAUUCAGGAGAGGUUCUUACUUCCAGCCACUUUCUUGGAGCCUGCGAAUGAAAAUUGCUCUUGGUGCUGCACGAGGACUUGCCUUUCUUCACAGUGCCGAGCCGCAAGUAAUAUAUCGGGACUUCAAGACUUCUAAUAUCCUGCUUGACUCUAACUACAAUGCCAAACUUUCUGAUUUUGGGUUAGCCAGAGAUGGGCCAACUGGUGAUAAGAGUCACGUCUCUACUAGAGUUAUGGGGACUUAUGGAUAUGCUGCUCCCGAGUAUCUAUCCACAGGUCAUUUAACUGCCAAGAACGAUGUAUACAGCUUUGGCGUGGUUCUGCUAGAAUUUUUAUCUGGUAGGAAAGCAAUAGACAAGAAUCAGCCAGCGGGGGAACAUCAUCUUGUUGACUGGGCAAAACCUUACCUCACAAACAAACGUAGAAUUCUUCAUGUUAUGGAUAUCCGUCUUCAAGGCCAAUAUUCCUUGGGUCGAGCCCUAAAGGCAGCUCAUCUUGCGCUCCAGUGCCUAUCCACGGAUCCAAGGUCAAGGCCGAACAUGGAUGAGGUGGUAACUGCUUUGGUGCAGCUUCAGGAGACUUCGAAAAAUGAUCAAGCAAGUCACCAAUCAAACCAGAAAACUCACCAUAAAAACCGACCUAGUUCCUUCAAAAGCAGUGCUGGAGAAAUGCGUGGAGUAACAACUCACCGCAGACCAUCAGCUUCCCCUCUUCACACGUAG